UCGGCUCGAGCGAGCACCGCGGGCACUGUUAGCUGUAAACGCAGCGCUUUGCUGGAAAGUGAGAGUUAUUACGUGUGCGCAAAUAACUGCAAAAGUUGGGCCCCGACUGCGGCUGCCAAAAGCUUCGCCAAUGGCCGUGACAAACGCGAUACACCGGCCGCUUCUUCAAACUGUGUCAGUUGGGAGCCGGGAGCCGAGCCCACGCUAGCUAAAAGCCAAUCAGCUCGACCACUAAACAAACAAUGAGCAUUAAAGUUGCCAAAAAAGAGCUAAGCAUCACACACACACACACACAUACACACCCAUACGCACACACACUUAUAACUCAUAACUUUUGUCUCAAGCCCAGCUGAGCUCCGCUUGCAGCGCGCAGCUUCAGAGCCGUCAAACCAAUCGCAGAGAAAACAUCGAUUGACCGGUCCCGACUCAAUUGGCCGAAAAGUGUUUUUGUUUUUUUCACUUUUUGUUUUGUGCUUUUUAUGUGGUUUUUAUGGGCCAUUCGGCUAAUGCGCCUUAAAUUUUCUGUCUUUUAGCCAUGACAAUGAGAGCGCUCACCUUGCUGACCAUCGUGUCUUGCUGCGGCAUCAGCCUCGUGGCCGCCGAGGGGCUGCGAUUGCCCGACCAGCAGUCGUCCAACAACAUCCAACAGAUCUAUGCGCCGCAGUCGCAGCAACAGCAACCACAACAACAACAACAGACGCUGCAGUUCCAGCAGCAGCCACAGCAGGUGGCGCAGCCGGGCGAGGAGCGUGGUCGCUCCUCGAUUUUGAGCAUCUUCGGCUUGGGCAACGACAACGAUCCCUACUUGGCGCGCACCAACAGCAACUGCUUGAGCGGCGACCUGGCCGAGUGUUUCAAGACGCAGGCGCUCAACACGUUCGAUGAGAUUUUCUACAAGGAUCAGUAUCGUCUCUCGGACUUUGCGCGCGUCGUGCGGCUGCCUGAGACACAGCAGCGCUCGCUGCUGCAGGAACCCUUCGAGUACUCCGAGGAGCCGCGCUCCGAAGACGACGACUGGAAUCUGCUGGUGAAAUACGCUCUACGCCGUGCCGAACGAUUCAUCAAGUCCACUGCGCUGGAGCUGGAGUGGCCCGAGGAGCUCACCGAAGCCGGCCGCUACGAGGCGCGCUUCAUAGGCAAUGACAUUGACGACGAACUGGAUGUCAUUGAGAACAAGCGCGCUGGACACUUCUCUCGCAAGAAGUUGAAGAAGAUGAUUAUUCCCCUGCUGCUGGUGCUGAAGAUCUUCAAGCUGAAGCUGCUGCUCUUCCUGCCCUUCAUCCUGGGCAUUGCGGGUCUGAAGAAGAUUCUGGGCCUGGCCGCCAUCAUUCUGCCGGGCCUGUUCGCCUACUUCAAGCUCUGCCGCCCGCCAGGUGGUGUUGGAGGCGCCUUUGGCGGUGGCCUGUCCAGCCUUUUUGGCGGCAAGCCCGCUUUCCCCGAGUACACGCCCCAAGGCGUGGGCGCUGCCACCUACUAUCACCAUCAUGAGCACUACGAAGGCGGCCAUGGCGGCCAUGGCGCACCCGGCCCCUACUACCGCCCGGAGCCGUCCUUUGCCAAGCCCUACAGCGACUACUACAGCAAGAGCUACCAGGGCCAGGAGCCGAUCCAGGGCCAGGUGGGCGGCAACUCCAUUAGCUUCGGCGAUUCGCAUGACGCCGCCUACAAUGGCUACUAUGGCCGCAACACCGGCAAGGAUAUCGCUGCCGAGCCGCAGGCGACGCCACAGAAGAGUUAAAGGAUGUUUCGGUCUAGACCAGGUCGCUUUGUUAUUUAUUUUCGCGCCAUUCCUAUAAGAAUAUUUAUUGCUCUAACUGUAAAUAAAAGUCCAAUAUUAAGUUCAAAGCAAACGUCGUUUGAGUGGGUUGACUGGACUCAGUGGGCUGAGUGGGUUGAGUGGGCGUGCCCGCCGCUGCUCCAAUAGAAGGGGUGCACUAAUUAGCGAUAGAAAAUUUCACAAUUCAGUGUUUCUCCAAAUGUGCGCGUGUAUCUGCCGUACCUGAGCCCCUGCAGCCGCACUCUUCGCUCGCAUUGGCUGUGGCUGAGUUUGGAGCUGCCACAGAUAAAAUGCAGCAUUUAAUUAAGGCAAUGAAAUGCCAAGGCGAGAAAUUGACGGCCAGCGCAAAGGAAAAGUGGCCUGGCGUGUUUAAUCUUGCUUUUCUUCAACGAGGGCCGCCAUCAAUGUUUGCCUCUGGAAGCCACAAUAAACAAGAGAAACCAUAAGAGUUUCCAAUUUUCCCUACCAAAGGUAGCUGAAGGACUGGCUGCCUUUAUUUGAUUACCUGCGAUAUUUAU